CAGGAUUCCAUAUAGAAGGCGGGGUUACAGCACAGUAAUAUGUUUAUAUGUCCUGCUGUCUCUUGCAUCAGUACCACUGUACACCCGACUCACUACCUCUUACACCGUUAGCAUUAAUGCCCAGCAACUUCACCACUGCCAUGGAGGAGCCCAUCUCCCCCAAUACAUCCCUCUGGAUCUUCGGAUAUGGCUCAUUGGUCUGGAAACCAGACUUUGAAUUCAGCUCCAGUAAAGUGGGUUUUAUCCCUGGGUACAGCCGCAAGUUCUGGCAGGGAGACUCCUUUCACAGAGGCAGCCCACAAAUGGUGAGCAUCCUAAAAUAUGGCUUGAGUUAAAAUUACAGUUUUGAAUGAAGGAUUUAUCUAUCUAUCUAUCUAUCUAUCUAUCUAUCUAUCUAUCUAUCACGCAGUGUUGGAAUGACCACUUGAUAUUAGAGAGGUUGUUAGGCUAUGUGUUACUUAAGCUAAUAUUUAUCUUAUUUAGUUUUUAAUUGUUUUUUUAUGGUCAUUCUUAAUAUUUGUUUUUAAUGUGCCAAAUAAUAAUUCAAUCAAUAUCGAUAACUUGCAAUAAUGUUUUAAAACAAUUUGGGUUUUAAAAAACACACCCUCAAAAUGGCUUAUUUGCUAAACUGUGAUUUGUAGCUAAUUGAAAUCAGAAUGGUAAAAUUCAGGGUACAAUAUCCAAGCUGUGACUAUAGCUGUAUUGGGGAAUUUUUCCAGAUCGGCUAUUUUAGCCUGUACACUGCCAUUUAGAUUUCCGUUUGCUGCAGUCUGGUGUUUAGUGAAAAAUUUAUUAUUUAGUUAAAAAACACAGAAAUGUUUAACAAAACUGUUACAAUACCAAAAUCUGACUCUGAGGCAGUGCUACAUUCAUUUAUAUUUUAUUAUUUGAUAUAAAUCAGCAUCAGGAUCACUCACUCAUUUUUCUUUCUAUUCACAGCCUGGCCGAGUAGUCACCUUACAAGAAGACUAUGAGGUGAGUUUGAGUCUUUUGAAAACGAUAUAGUUUAUAACUUCAACAUAGAAACACAUCAAGUAUUCAUUUUAAAGUUACCCUCUGAUGUGUGUAUAGGAUAUAACUCAAGCUCUUAGCCAUAAUUCAAUAGUUAAGGUUUAAAUAUAAGAAAAAAAAUGUUUAUUUUAUUAUACAAGGCACAGCUUUUAUCCUUCCAUAGUCUAUAAAUUAAGACUCAUUAGGUUGGGUAAUUAAAAAAUAAAAAAAAGUCUACAGCCCAUGACAUACUUGGAAAUCAGCAAAAGAGCUAAAUAUACCUUUCCUGAUUAAAUAUUUUGUUCUAGUUACUUUUUAUUAUGAUUAGCAAUAUCUCUGGUACAGUGUCUAGGAGUCCACCCUUCUGCAUGCCUUAAUAUAGCAGUGGUUACAUUCAGUAAGGUUAAACUAUAAUAGACUGUUUUUAUUGCUCCAAUUCAUAUUAUAAAAAAUAAUAAUAAGUUGUCCUAUGUGUUUUAUUUGCAGGAAUGCACAUGGGGUGUGGCUUAUGAAGUGCGUGGUGAUCAAAUUGAGUCAACCCUGCAGUACUUGAAUGUGCGAGAGUCCGUUCUUGGUGGCUACAUCACCAAAUUGGUCAAAUUCUACCCUCAAGAUGAAGGAGAAGAAGCAGCAGUGCUGGCAUUGGUAUACAUUGCCACUCCAAAAAACCCAAGCUACCUAGGGCCUGCCUCCGAAGACGACAUUGCAGCUCAAAUAAUAGUAUCUAGUGGGCGAGCUGGACACAACAUUGAGUAUCUGCUUCGCCUGGCAGACUUUAUGCAUAACUACUGUCCAGAUGCAGAAGAUAAACAUCUGUUUUCUAUAGAAGAAGCUUUGGUGGCCAUCCUUCCAUGCUUCUAUAGCAACGAUGACCCACUGGCUGUCCUCUGCUAAAAAAAAAAAAAAAAACUUGUAAAAUUCAGUAGACUGUUCUCUUCGGAAAUCCCAAACCACCAAGUCACAUCUCGAUCACAUGUGAUAACCACAUUAGUCUUCAACCUAGAUGUUGUCCACUCUACUGUCCCAACUGCACUGAACACUGGAAGACUGCUACAGUCUUCCAGUAGAAAAGAUCAAACUACAAAGUUUAUGUCUGUUACUAUUGUAUCAGUAAUGUGAGAAUGGAAGCACCAUAUCCCAAUCCCUGAUCUGUUGGUUGGUCUCGAAAGUCCCAUAAGCAACGAUUCUGUUUACUAGUGUAGACGAAUAUACAAUGCCUCUUGCUGAUUUCUUUUCUGAAAGGGCAAACAGUAUUUUUUUAUUUUUUUCUCUCUGUAUUUUCAAACUUUUUUUCCUUAUUUAUAUGUAUUUCCCAGUUUAGCAGGCCUAUAUCUGGGAGUCAUACAUCAUAAAUCUACCUCUGGGCUUAAGAGCAUUUUUUUUUGUUUUUGUGACAAGUACAUUCUGAAUUUUAACGGUCCUCAUCACUUGCUAAACAAAGCCAAUUUACAGCUCUUAAUAAAUUAUUCCUUCCCAGCCACUGGUUGGCAAUUUGGGCAGUGCUAGUCUUUAAAUGCUACUGCAAGGGCAGAUUUUAAAGAUAAUCAAAAACGUAAAAUUUGAACCUCCAGUGGCAUUUAAGAACUGUGCUACCUAUUACUGCACUACAUUGAAGGCCAUAAUUAAACGUUUUUCGCUAUUUGCUGCACUUCUGUUUUUCCAUGAAGUCCUUUAAUAUGAUUUGCAGCAACAGCCUGUACGUUUCCUAAUUUUGUUGAGAAAAGAUUUGUGGGUAAAGAAGGUUUAGGUGACAAAAUGGUCCGCUGUUGCCUUAAAAGGUCAACAAAAUGCUCUAAAAAGAUUUUAGCAGAUCUGAACUUUUGUGUACAUGACUGAAUGUGACCGAUAAACAAAACUAGCCAUUCUAUGAAGUUUGAGAAGUUGUACAUAUUUGAAUAGAAAUGUUUUAUUGUUUGUACAGUUGCCAUAAAAAUCUAAAUUGUCUGUUCAAAGAUAAUUCAGUAAUGUUUGAAUGAAGUUUUGCUGCUACUGACAGGACUCUCGGCGUAUUAAGAAAUCCUGUCUCAAAUGGUUAAUCUGAAUUAUUUGUCAAAGGGAGAAUGUGCAAUAUAGAGUGGAACAACUGGAUGCAAAUUCAUUUUAUUUUCCAGAAUUAUGCCAAGGACACUGGUCACAGUAUGCAUUUGCAGUAAGAUUUAAAAUAAUUAAUACAAAUUGUAUUAUUAGUUUGGCAAUCACAUUGAAAAAAGUGCCCAUUUUUUUCUUUUUUCUUUUCUAAAAACAAAAUAAAACUUCCUAAGCAGUAUGUGGGCUUCAAUCUAACAUUCCAUUCCUACAUUUCUCUGCUGUGGCAUAUGAUAUGCAAAGAAUGGUCUAAAGGUAGUUCACAAGUUGCUGUAGAACUAAUCACUUAGUGUUGGCAAAGCAUUAUGGGAGAUGUAGUUCUGUGACAGCUGAAGUUCUUCCUUUUGACCAUGACUUUCCCAUGCAUUACAGAGUAUUCCUUAAUACUGUAAAAUACUUCUGCUUCUAAUUCGUCCAUUUUUUUUUCCAAAUGUAUCUGCAGUCUGUAGGUGGGUUGGUACCCUUGGCAUUCAUUGGCUCCAUUUUGGAUUUACUCCGUUGCUCCACUUGAAAGGGGCAUAGCCUGCUCCUUAAUAUGUAUUUUACUGUAUGUCCUGUAUAUUAUAUUCCUUUUUUUUAUACAUAUGUUCAGUAAUAAACUGAUAUCAUAUAA